AUGAAAAAUCAAGCUGAACAAAAAUUACGAGAUAAUAUGGGAACACCACCUAUAAGUAUAAAUCAAGAUCGGGCGACAUUUUUAAUGAAUACUGUUAUUUAUCCACAAUUAUUAAUUGCUUAUCGUGCACAUAUUCGACCAAUAACAUCAAUUUGUUAUGCUAAUGAUCGUGAAAUUGUCAUAACAAGUUCAAUUGAUUGUACUAUACGAUUAUUUACUUUUACUGGACGAUAUAUUGGUUAUAUGGGUCAAUCAAUGUCUUGGGGACCAUUGAGUUCAACGAUUAUUUUAAAAGAUUUACCAAAACAAGUUCCUGAAGAUAUACGUCGUGUUGGUUCAGCCACAACACUUGAAUUACUUCGUGGUGAUAUUGGAAAACGAUGGAAAUUAUUAAAACAUACAAUUGUUGCAUGGACUUCAUUACCUAUUUUUCAAUAUUUUUAUCAAAAUAAAGAUUCUGAAAUUCAGAAGACAUCAAAUCAAAUACAAACACAAUCAAAUAUUCAUCAUGAAUCAAAUGAUUCAACAAUAAAUCAUUUACAAAAAUUAGAUAUUGAAGAAAAACGAGAAUGGAUACAACGUCGUGAACGUCUUCAACAAAUAAUUAAAUCAGAUGGUCUAAAUUUUAUUCCAUUUACGAAAAAAAAAUCUGUUGAAUCAAUGCUUAAAAAUCAACGAGAGAAUUUCGGUAUAACAAUGUCUAUACUUGGUCAAUUUAGUCGAAAAUAUAUGCAACAUAGACCAAUAUCAAACUUCAAUCAUUUACAAAUUCAUGGUGGAAAGGCAAUUAUUUAUUCGUUAUUACCAUUAGUAUCAUCAUCAGAUAAUAUUCCACAAUUUACAUUAAAUUCGAACGAAAUUCAUAAUGAUAUUUUAUUCGAAUAUAUUGAUACAAAAUUUGAAGAAAAGGAAACAAACAAACACUUACAACAACAACAACAACAACAACAACGAAUUGAUAAACAUUCAAUGAUUCAUUCGAAUGAUGUUUUUCUCAGUGGAGAUAAAUUACCAAAAAUUAAAAGAAAUCAAGAUAUUCAAAUGUGUCCAUCAAUCAAAUUACAAACAAAUACUUUAUCAUUAAAAUAA